AUGGAUGAUGUGAAGCCAGCACGAGCACUGCGGAAAACGAUCAAGUCCUACGACCGCCGUUCUGCGCCUACUUCGGAACCGGCUCAGAAAGCUGAUGUCGAACUCCCUUCACCAGCUUCCUCAAAUGCUUCACUGAUGAACGGCAAGAAGAGAAGUGCUGCGUCCCGGGAAGAUGUCAAUGAUGUGGAGUCUGGCGACCUGAGCGACCCUGAGCACUCCAGAGGACCAGGCAGUACUUCCUCAUCACCAGGAGAACAUCACCACCAACAUGCCAUCGUUGCCGCGCAUCCCGGACUCCCAAACCCCGACAUCUCCAAGAUCAUCGGAGAACAGUGGAAGGCGGAGAGCGACGCUUCAAAGAAGGUUUGGCAGGAUCUGGCCCAGGAAGAAAAGGACAGGCAUCACGAACAGUAUCCUGACUAUCGUUACCAACCACGCAGGCUGGGGAAGCCAUUGCCAGCAGUUGCACACACGACUGUUGACAAGUAUCGGUGUCCUAGAUGCGGCGGACGUAGUAUCAAGACACCGUCACCCUCAAGUCCCUACCCAAACAGUGCAAACACUCCGACCCUGCCACCUCCCAAAUUUUCGGAGAGUCUCACUCCGAGCGUUCGCCUGCCAUCUAUCAUGAACAGUCUCAGCAUGGAUUCCCCAGCUCGCCGUCGUGGAACUUCAGGCGCUUCCAGCUUGAGUAAUAUACAGAUUCCUCCUACAGUUCGUGAAGACGGCUAUGGCUACACUCCAAACACCCCUGACUUGAAGAGGCGCCGUUUCAAUCCCUAUCCGAUGAGUAACAACGGUGGUCGCAGGCCAGAUGGCCCGUACUAUCACCACAGCCGUCGUGACUCCCUUCCACCCCUGCAGAUGCGCACAACCCCGCCUCAAACGGCCACCAUUCCCCCGCUUCGAACGCCACGCGAUGCGCGUCGCGCUUCUGUGGAUCUGAAUGUUCUCGUGCCCUCCGCCAACGAUCAAAGCCGCAGCGUUGAAGCCAUGGUCAUGAGUGUACCGUAUACAGUCAAGAUUAAGGUCCUUGGCCGCAUCACACCACCGCUCAAAGACCCUGGUCCAAGUAGUCCAGCGAUUCAAGUUCGAGGCGGCAUCAUCGCCGUGGAAGGCGAGGACCAGGCUGCCGUCACUGAGCUAAGCACUUGGCUCAACGACUUCCUCGCCAGGGAUAAGGAGUAUAGCCCGCGUAUCGCAGAGCCUCCCAAGGAGCCGGCGGGCAAAGGCAAUGUGUCAUUCGAAGAAUACUUUGGUCUCAUCCAAGAAUGGCAUGGCAAGAGCAAGGAGAUGAUCAAGUACAUCACUACGCCCAUUGCACCGUCCAGUUCUCCUAAAUCGCCAGAGUCAGAUACCGACAAGGACGAGACAAUGAAAGAUACCAAUACACCACCUACGUCCCCUACCCCUUCAGCGAAACCGGUCCUUAUCCUGCCGAGCUAUCAGCUGCGCGCGAGCGAUGUGUAUGCGUCGAGGAUCCCUAUACAGGACGUUUAUUCGCCCAUGGACCACUGGCAGUGGAUGGCAACGCUCUGGCGCGGAACGGUGGGACCCGAUCUGACCAUCUACAUCAAAAGCGCAGACAAGGAGAGCAGGGAUGGCGCCAAACUCGUCGAUGUCAACGACGAGGUGAGGUGCAUGACUGUGGUCAAGGAGGGCAGCGGGAAGUUUGCGGAGUCGGCGUUGAGGCGAGUAGGAUUCGAGGUCGGAGAGUGGGGCACGCUUGAAGCUUCGGGACAACGCCCUCAUGAACGCCGCACCGCCGCGGACUACGAAUACGAAGCGAAAUACCGCCGCAAUAUACGUGUCUCGAGAGAACAAGAGCGAGGAACGACUUCUACACCAAGGGCGCGAGGCAUGAUCGACCAUGUUGUGGGCCGGCCGUCGGUGAAGUUCCGCAAGAUCCAGGUGCUGGCCGUAGUAUCCUUCUGGAGCUUCUACCUAUACAGAGGCGACCGCCAUGGCCCGCCGCUCAUCCACCGCAUCUCGUCCCUCAUCUCCAAGAAGCUGACCGCCUGGCAAACCGUCCUCGUCACACUGCUCUACCUCUACAUCGCACGCAACUUCGGCAAGCUCGUUGGCCUCGAAAGCCCCGAACCGCUCGCGAACCUGUACAGUCACUCGUACUUCCGCGCAACAUGGGUCACUACGGCGCUCGACGCGGGGUUCUGGUCCGCCAUGCGCAUACGGCAGAAGCCCAUUCGUGACUUUCUGUCUAUUGUCUUCAGCGUGUAUUAUUUGAUAUGCGCCGAGCAGGCCGACGAGAAGGUGCGCAAGGUACGAGCUACGUUGACAGUUGAGCACCUGCGCGUGGGAUGGGAGAAAGGAACCACACCGUAUCUAGCUGCGCUGACGAGCCUGCUGAGACCAAGGCUGAUGUGGUACCCGCCGAGGAAGAUUAGGAUUCCUAGACCGAAGGAGAGUAGUUACACGGACCCGGUCAUUGGGUGGCUGUACUUCAAUGGGCCGCUUUCGGCGCUUAAGAAGCAACAGAAGGUUGUAUUGGAUAUUCCUGGUGGUGGCUUUGUGGCUAUGAACCCACGCAACCACGAAGACAAGUUAAUGGGCUGGGCGGGGAAGACAGGUCUGCCGGUGCUGAGUCUUGACUAUAGGAAGGCGCCUGAGUGGCCGUAUCCAUACGCGUUGAACGAGUGCUACGAUGUUUAUCAUUCGAUUGUGGCGACGAGGGGACGGUGCAUGGGCUUGUCGGGUGAAACCGAGCCUAAGAUUGUAGUCAGUGGGGAUUCCGCCGGUGGGAAUCUUGCAGUGGGCAUGACCCUGAUGAUCUUGCAGGCUGCAUCGACGGAGACGCGGCGGUGGCAGGGUGAACGCCAAUUACCGCCUCCAGUCGGCGUGGUACUCAUGUACCCAGCGCUCGACAUGAAUAUCGGAAACUGGAUGACGGACGAGCAGAUGGCUUUGAUCCGUGAUCGCAAAGCUCGCAAGCAAAACCGACCGAUUCUGCGGCACAAAAGCGACGACUAUCGACAUCUUGCUCCAAAUACACCUGGUGCUUCAGACCAUUCUGAUAGCGAGGACGAGAGCCCAGCUAAGACACAAGAGGUGGUCUCUUCGUCGACACCUACGAGCGAGAAGGUUCUCACCUCUCCACAGACAGCUAUCCGCUUGUCGGCAGCACACACAGGCCGAGACAGCCGCACAUUGCCUCCGGCCGACACCUUCACCAACCUCAACGGAGUGCUAUCCUCCCAAAUGGCUCAAUCUCCAGACAUUGUACGGUCACCCGAAACGUCCAAAUCACCACGCUCCCUCACCAAUCCACCCGCCACAGCCGCACCCCCAACAGCCAUAAAAACCCGCCUCGCCAUGUCCUCCAUGAUCUCCUACUUCGGCGACCGCAUCCUCACCCCCGAAAUGAUGCGCGCCAUGAUUAUCCUUUACAUCGGCCCGCAUAACCGGCCUGACUUCUCCACCGACUUCCUUUUAUCUCCUUUGCUUGCACCUGAAUUCCUGCUCGCCAAGUUCCCACGAACCUGGAUGUUGACCGGCGAGCGCGACCCCCUUGUCGACGACACAGUCAUCUUUGCAGGCCGCCUGCGCCAAGCCAAACGCGCAGACUUCCAGUACGCAAAAGAGAUGGGACUUGACUGGGCGCGCGGCGAGUGGGCGGAGCACGAAUGGGUCAAUGUCGAUCUUAUCCCGGGGAUAUCGCAUGGAUUUCUGCAGUUUGUGAGCGUGUUUCCUGAGGGGUGGAAGUACAUUACACGCUGUGGAAAGUGGAUGGUGGAAGCGUUUGAUAUGGAUGAGCGUAACGGACUUGAAACGGCGAUGCCGACGCCGGGGAUAGACUAUGAAGUUGAUAGGCACUAUCGCGCGAGGGAAAGGAGUGAUUAUUUUGGCAGUCACCCCGGGCUCGUGGAAGCUGUCGCUUCCCUCUCCAGCCCCAAAUCGAAAUCUAGAGCGCGGCAUCACCAUCGCACCGGCACAACAGAGUCCAGUGCUGACGAUGACAGACCGCUCGAGAUGACGGUACUGCCGAGGGGAAAUCGGAAGAGUCCUCCCAUGACUAAUGGGAGAGGAAAGGCCAACGGCAAGGUGAAGAGGGGGAGGAGAAAGAGCCUGGUUAGUUUGGCGAGCGAGGAUGAUUUGUUGGGCAGACGGAUGAAGGGGUUGACGAGUGGGCUGAGGGGUGGGGACGAACAACUUGAUCUGUAG